AACUCCAGAACUGGACAUUCUCCUGUUAAACUCCUGCAUUAAUCCAACACCAAACUGGUAAUCUGAGUGGGAUUUGGUAUCCAGUGGAUUAAUACAGAUUUUUGAAGCAUUUGAAAUUUUACCAUUUUGUCAGCAAGACGGUCCCUCGCUCUUUGACUGAGAUUGCUUGAGCGCCUAAGAUGAAGGUGCAAAGGCUUCAAUUUCUGAUGAUUAUGUGUUGCUCUUUGCCUUUGCUCCUAUUCAGCAAAGAGAUCACAAAUUCUGAAAGCUAUCCCGCCAAGAACAGCAGGCGUGUCAAGAGAGGAUGGAUAUGGAAUCAAAUGUUUAUUCAAGAGGAACAACCUGGAAACCUUCCACAUUAUGUGGGAAAGUUACAGAUCAAUUCCAGCAAUGUACAUGAAAAUGCCAAGUUUGCCAUCCAAGGGGAAUCUGCCAAUACAAUUUUUAAGGUUAAUGAGAGAAACGGGGACAUCUACUGCUUUGAACGACUAGACCGUGAAAAGAAGAUUGAAUAUCACCUGAUGGCUCUAUUGGUGGACAAAAGAACAAACAAAACUCUGGAGCACCCUUCCAACUUUAUUAUUAAAGUUCUUGAUAUAAAUGACAAUGCACCGGAGUUUACACAGAAAGCUUUCAAUGGAUCUGUGAACGAGAUGUCAGACAGAGGUAUUUUUGUGACAAAAGUCAACGCUGUGGAUAAAGAUGAUCCUACAAUAGGUGGAAAUGCAGACGUGAACUAUAGAAUCAUCCAAGGACAAGAGUACUUUACAAUUGAUAACAAUGGGGCAAUUUAUACUGCAGUACCUAAUUUAGACAGAGAGCAGAAAGAUACCUAUGAAGUUCUGGUAGAGGCCAGAGAUUCUCCAGGGCGAACUCUUUACUUGGCAAGCACAGCCAUAGUGACCAUUCGCUUGAUAGACAUUAAUGACAAUUUUCCAACCUUCACUGAGAGAGAGUUUAAGUUCAAUGUACCAGAGAACCUGAAGGUUGGGGCAGAAGUGGGAAGACUGAAAGUAGAAGAUAUUGACGAGCCACAAAACAGAAACACAAAGUAUAGUUUCUUGAAGGAAAGAUUUCAGGAGAUGUUUGCUGUCACCACAAAUGCAAUCACGAAUGAAGGAAUUUUGAUAUUGAAAAAGCCCCUGGACUACGAGAGUGUUAAACAAUAUAAGAUGGACAUUGAAGCCACAGAUCCCCUUAUCGACCUACGUGUGGCAAGACAGCCUAGACCCAAGAGUAUUACAAAUGUCAUCAUUAAUGUUCUUGAUGUGAAUGAGCCCCCAGUGUUCUCCAAACCAUUCUACAAAUUUGAAAUUUCAGAGGAUUCUAAAUUAAACAAUAUUAUUGGAUUUGUCUCAGCAAAAGAUCCUGAUGCCGCCAACAGAAACAUCAGAUAUUCUAUGAGAAAUUUCAAAGAUGAACCAAUCAAGGUAACAAGCACUGGAAAUAUUAUCAAUGUCAAGACGCUUGACAGAGAGACUGCAGAUUGGCACAAUUUUACUGUAGUAGCUGAAGAAGUUGAUCCAAGUAACCCUCCUAUUAAAAAAGAGUCAUUGGGACUUGUUUUCAUAAAAGUGUUGGACGUAAAUGACAAUGCUCCAGAAUUUGCAGAACAUUAUGCACCCAGAGUGUGUGAAAACGCAGCCCACCAAACGGUCAUAGCAAACAUUUCUGCUACUGAUAAGGAUGAAAUGAAGCCCGGAACGAAGUUUACAUAUUAUUCAGCCAAAAAAGAAAACAAUUUCACAGUGCAAGAUAAUCACGACAACACAGCUACAAUCCUGGUCAAAUAUGGAUAUUUUAAUAGAGAAGUGGCAAAGUUCCAUUAUCUACCUAUUGUGAUCUCGGACAAUGGACAGCCAGAGCAGAGCAGCACCAAUACUCUUACAAUCACUGUGUGCAAAUGCAAUGAAAAAGGAGAAUUCACAUUCUGUGAGGAGCCUGCAAAGCUGGCUGCUGUUUCUGUUCCAACGAUCAUCAUCAUACUUGUGUCUUUGUUUUUAAUUAUUUUGGUUGUCGCCAUAUUGGCAGUUCUAAGGAGAAUGCAGAAGAAAGAUACCAAUAUCUUAGGAAAAAACACAGCGGAGAUUCAUGAGCAGCUGGUCACGUAUGAUGAGGAAGGUGGCGGAGAAAUGGAUACAAACAGUUAUGAUGUAUCUGUAUUGAAUUCCGUGCGCAGAAAUGUUCAAAGGCCCAGGCAAGACAUGGAGACAGAUCCCUACUUGUAUGCUCAUGUCCAAAAACCAGCAAGAAAUGGAGACAUGUCUUUCAUGAUUGAAGUGAAGAAGGAUGAAGCAGACAAUAAUGGGGAGGGAUUACCAUAUGAUACCCUUCACAUAUUUGGGUAUGAAGGGUCAGAAUCUAUUGUGGAGUCACUUAGCUCCAUAGAAUCCGGGUCUUCAGAAUCAGACAUAGACUAUGAUGUAUUAAAUAACUGGGGGCCUAGAUUUAAGAUGCUAGCUGAACUUUAUGGUCUGGAACCAAUUGGAGACUUUCCUUAUUAGUGCAGCACAAUAAAUCAUUAUUAAAUCUAAGAUCAGUUGCCAUCUAGUGCCUAGAUCAAGAACUUUGGCCCCAAAGGAAAAUGUUGCUGGUGCUCCCCUUUUCAAAACCUUAUGGAAGAUGAUCUGUUUUGCACAAAUGUAUUUAAAGGGAUACUGUCAUGGGAAAAAAAAUUUUUUUCAAAAUGAAUCAGUUAAUAGUGCUGCUCCAGCAGAAUUCUGCACUGAA